AUGGCAAUUCUCGAGACGGGCCAUGCAGUCCAUGUCUCCACGGUGCAGCGCUGGCUUGCACAGCCAUCUCGCUUGGCGAAAACCAUGCGGAUCUGUUUGCCUCACAAGGACAUCAGCGAUGAUACAGCGUCGCUUCUGAGUGCUUUGACAUUGCAGUGCUGCAAUUUACAAGUGCUCCAGCUUCCUGGGAACCGGAUCGGCGAUCACGGAGUGUCUUGCUUAGCGGAAAGCCUGAAGCUUCUCUCAGCGUCCCUGCAGAUCUUGGAUCUCAGCGACAACUGCCUGUCGGGUGUUGGUGCAAAGAAGCUGGCGCGCAUAUUCUUCUGCGAGGGAGGUGCAGCGCCCUUGCAAGUCGAGCCUCGGUUCCGGUUGCUGGACCUCUCCAAGAACAAGCUAGAUGAUCAUGGGGUAGCAGGUGUGGCCCGGAACAUCGCAGCAGGAAAGGUGCUUGCCAAGCAAACACUUCUCCGGCUGCAACAAGUAGGAUGCAGCAGUCAGGGGCUGGCCGGCUUUACCGGAUGCCGUCUAGCCGGACUCGACAUCGGAUACAAUGCACUGGGCCUCGAUGGUGCCCGGAUGCUUCUGGCAGCCAGGCGCAGGAAUCGGUGGCACUCGUUGCGAAUGUCAUGUAUUUCAGAUGGCGCGAAAGCCUCCGAAAUGUUGAGCUGGUCAGCGCUGGCCGGCUUUGACUGCCUGGAGAAGGGCCUGAAUGAUUUCGAGUGUAAUGGCAACCAUCUUGGCGAGAACGCUUGCUGCUGCCUCGCUGAAAACAUGAGCAAAUGGAUUCCGACUUUGCGCCGGCUCGCCCUCUCCAGCACAGGAGUUGGCCUUCGGGCCUGUGGUGCGCUGGGUCAGGGACUCUGGCCCGGGGCAGGGCUCGCCGGUCUGAAGACGCUGGACCUUUCCAACAAUCAACUGAUCGAUGUGUCCGUUGAAUUGCUGUGCAACGGUCUUUCCAGAUGCGUGUCCCUUCAAGAGGUGCAGCUAUCGCACAAUGCAAUUGGAAGUCGUGGUUCUAUUGUGCUAGCCGGCGCCCUGCAGGCGCAGAGGCGCUUGGCGAUCCCCCCGCACACAGGCAUCAAGCUACUGGGGCUUAGCGGCAAUCCGGUGGGCGAUGGUGGUGCGAAAGCCAUAGCGGCUGCUGCAGCUGCCAGCACACAGGAUCCACGCUGCUUGGGCUUCGCAGCUUCCUGGGGCUUGGAGCAGCUAGAGCUGGCUUGCACCCAGGUUGGGCAGGAGGGAUGUGAUGCCCUCGCUGGUGCCGUCGCUGCUCGAGCAGCACUGGCCGAGGAGGCAAGCCGCCGCCUUGCAGAGAUCCCUUCAGCAGAGCUACUGGAAAGAUGCAGCAGGCUGCACCCAGCAGGGCUGACGGUCCUUGGGAUGGACUUGAGCAAUGCCGAAGUCGCAGAGAUGCUGCACACGGCCUGUUGCCGUAUGGCAGCCCAUUGGCCUACGAGCCAGGAGGGCGGAUUGGCUCUCGUGUCACCGUGGUUAAGCCUCCAAGACGACGCGGCUCCCCUACAGGACUCAAACUUGGAAGCAGAAGAGUUGGCACAGAACGAGGUGGGCCUUGGGCACAUCAAGCUGGAUGAGUUUUACUUCGUCCGAGUCAAUAGAGGAAGCGAUCCAAUGACAGAAGAGCAGACAUCUUCAGAGUGCGCGGAACAAAAUGCACAUUCAAAAUCCGACGUGCUCGGCGAGACGGUUCAGGAUGGACCUGCCGCAGUGGAUCCCGAAGCGGGCUCGACACCACAACGAGCAGCUCCUGCCAAAGGUAAAGGCAAGCCCACCUGUGCCAAGGGCAUGGGCCCACCUCCCAAAGGGAAGGGCAGAGGCUCAAAUGCUUCAGCCAUUGGAAAGGGCAAGGGCAAAGAGGCCAAGGAUCGAGAGGAAGGCAAAGCCAAAGGAGCAGCCCCGUUCGGACGAAGGAUGCAUUGGGUUCAGCCUCAGUACCAGCAACCUGAGCACGACACCGUGUUUGGCGAUGCAGAGGCUGCGUUUGAUUUGGAUACGGAUGCAUUGGCAUCCUUGCUUAACGGCGCCUCAGCGCGGAACAGGUGCCAGGCACAGAACAUCGCCAUCGUUUUGAGCAAGCUUCCAGUCUCGUCCGAGGACGUGUGCGAAGCGUUAGGGACACUUGAUUUUUCUCGGCUUGCACUUUCAGAUGACAUGGUGGAGCUGCUCACGAGUGUACUCCCUACGCAAGAAGAAACACAAAAGCUGAAGAGCCACAAAGAUUGUCCCGAGCAUUUAAGGGACAUUGAGCAGAGAGUUUUGCCUUUCUGUUUUCUGCCGCGGGCAACGGCUCGCUUGAGACUUUUUCGGUUUGCCGCUUCGCAUGCAGAAAGUGCGGCAACGUACCUACAACGGUGUCGCACGCUGGAUCUUGCCGCGUUGGAAGCCAAAAGCAGCCAAGAGCUGCGGAAGGUCCUGGCUUUGAUUCUUCGCAUUGGCAACUACAUCAACCAUGGAAUGAAGGACAUGAGCGGCGGCGCCCGCGCUUUCUCCAUUGAGACACUGGCUGCCAUUACAAGUUUUAGACUUGGCAGCAUGUCCACUCUCCAAUUUCUUUGCGUGACCUUUCGCCGAGCAAAUCCAAGUUUUCUCGACGCGUUACAGAUGAGUCUACAGCAUGUUCCAAAGGCGGCCAGGGAGAAGAGCGUGCAUUUAAAGUCUUGCAUCCAGGCCUUCCGGAAAGAAGUUGACUUCGCAGAGAGGGAGGUGUCCUUAUUGCCGGAAGAUCAACUUUCAGAGGUCACAGCCGGACUUCUGAAAGAUUUACAUGCAGAAGCUCUUGAGUUGGAGAACUCACUGGCGAUGGCGUUUGGUAAGUGCGAGGAGGCCCAAGAAUACCUUUGCACAUCCGAGGACAAGGCAAACGAUGCAGCUCCACCUCCCUACGAGAAUUUAUUCCUGCACCUGUCCGACUUCCUUGAGUCGUUUCGGAAAGCAUGGAGGGAGACGGAACCUGUUCCCAGUCAGAAAAAUCGAUUACAGUCCAAGCACAAGACACGCAAGCAGCGGGAACCUUCCGAGAAGCUGCAAGACGGCGGUCGCUCAAACAUCAUGGCCAAAGCUAGAGCGCCGAUCUGCCGAAGGGCCUACCCUGACUCAGAACCACUGCCAGAGCGAGAAAGUGCGAAAUGUUUGCAGCAAGUUGAUGCAGCACAAGAGCUG